CACUACACAUGCAGUGUAUGAUAUAUAACAAGUAUUGAUAGUUGUAUGCCCAUAUUAUGUGACUAAGCGGGGGUCAUGAACUGGACCAUCCAAUCCUGAUCCCGCUGACCUGUAGGAGAAUCCUUUCCCGUGUCAUGACGCUAUAUGUCCCCCGGAAGUGAGCGCCAUAUGCACGCUGUUAUCAUGGAGCAGCAUGCAGCUUACCCUCCUCCUGUCCUGCGGCCUCCGGUGUUCUCCGCUCCCCCGGAUCCUGGACAAACCGGACCCCCAGCGCUCUGGGCAUCAGCAGCACCCCCUGCACCUUGGUAUGGAGGGUGGAAUCAGUGGGGAUCACAGCAGGGAUACCAGCAGCGAAACGUGGGGCCUAGGCAUUAUGGCCACAGUCGACAUGUACAGGAAGGAAAUGGUUGGCAUGGUAACAAUGACCAUAAGAAAAAGAAGAGAAAAGAACCUGUUUAUUCAUAUUUCUGUGACCCCUGUGAUCGAGGCUUUAAGAACCAGGAAAAAUAUGAGGAACACGUUUCACAACAUGUCAAGUGCCAAGAAGAAGACUGCAAUUUUAGAGCCCACGAGAAGCUGGUACAAUUUCACUGGAGAAAUAUGCACGGACCUGGAGCCAAGAGAAUAAAACUGGAUACACCUGACGAAAUCAAUAAAUGGAGAGAAGAGAGACGAAAAAACUACCCAACUCUACAAAAUGUUUCGAAAAAGAUUCAACUCCAAAAAGAAAAGGAAGCAAGAGGAGACGUACUGAAAACAGCACAGUUUGGUAAGAUGAAGGGAAUGAGGAACUGUGGUACCAAGGAUAUAUCCUGGAACAAUCACCAACAUGCAAAGAAAAUGAAGAGCGAACUCAGGCCUGCAGAACUGCAAGGAAAAACUGUAGAGCCUCCCAAGGAACCAUUAACCAGUCAGAUUAUUCCCCAGCCUGUGAACCCCCUAGAUAUGCUCGCUGGCAGUGACCCAGAAUCUGACAGUGGCGAGGAGCCAACAUCUGCCGGCUUAACAGUCAUUCCAAAGCUAGUAACAUCUGGCCUCAGUAAACUUAUGUCCAGUUAUGGGAGUGCAUCUGAAAGUGACAGUGAACCCGAGGCGUUGCCAAUCAAGAAGGUAGCAAAUGCCAUAGAAGAAAAUAGACAAAUAUUGGAAGCACAUGGGCAGACUAUGGACUCUAAGUCUUCAAAAGCUGGGUACACUUCGAAAGUGACAAACACAGGCUCUUGCAACGCUGCAACGCGGUCAAAAGUGGCCCAUAAUAAAGUUCAUCACAAAAGAGGCCACAACGCAAAGAAACCUGUUAACACCAGGAGUCGGACUUCACUGCUGGAAAUGUUGCUGGCCCGUGACAUAAGACAUGAAAGAAAUGUCCUUUUACAGUGCGUCAGAUAUAUUGUCCAGAAUAACUUUUUUGACUGCACAUUGGAGCAUGAGCAGCAGGUCACCAGCGAGUCUUUACCAGCAAAACCCAAAGAUGUAAAUAGAGAGACAAAAUCCAAAGUGAAAGGUGUACAGAACAUUGAACUGGAUGAGAAAAAGGCUCCAGUGGCUAGCUCCUUCAUCAGACCACUACAACCGGUGGAUGAUGACAUCUGGGAAAUGAAUGCGAACUGUGUUGAAACCUUUGCAGUUUAAAAUGCUUCAAGGUUGAAGAAAGGACUUCCCCCCCCCCCCCCCCCCUAACUUUUUCUUUUGUGUCUCACAAUACCCAACAAGUAUUUAAGUUCAUUAAAGAUUCAUGGUGGAGCCUCUAAGUAUUGCCAUCACAGAAGAACAGACUUAGCAGCUGCACUAUUCUUCUAGUCAAGUCGAUGGACACUGUCAGAAGCUGAUGGAUCCCAUUUUAAGUCGAGAGGGUCCAUCAGACAGUUGUUUGGUGGUUUUGACACUGCCAGCAUGGCUUCUGUUGUAACUGAAGCCAUGGCCAGAGAGAGAACUUGUCACUUCUUUUAGCAAAUACAUACAUUCUUCAUGACAUUCUGGAGCAUAUUUACUUCUAAGUUUGCAUUGUUGUUUCUCUUUUAUACUUUCUGGAAAUAUAUAAAUAAAUUGUCAACUAGGUGUUUACAUUC